AAACACAAUCACACAAUAAAGGUUGAACUCAAAUCCAAUGAUAUAGAGAACCAAAAGAAUGUUCCAAUGAGAAGAAGAAAGAACAGUAUGUGCAAGGAAUUCCUGAGAUGCUUCGGCUCAUUUGUUCUAGGCAUGUUCUUGGCCAUAGCAUUUGCCUUCUUCACUCUGUUUGUGAAGAGCUACAGCCUGGACAUCUGCAUCAUCGCCAGCGCCUUUAUUGGAGUUUUCCUAUCUCUCGGCAUGGCGUUUUUUGAGCAGAUUCGUGUAAUUGUAUUCCUAACACUACCACAGAUAUUUGCAGCUCAAGGCAAGAACCUGAUUAUUGCACUGGCCUUUUCACUGACCAUCCAAGGACCCGCCGGAAAUAUCCUGGAGAAUUACAAGCGGGUGUUGGAAGCUUCCUCGUGCGGGUUGCAGUUGGCUGUGAAUCAGACCUUAGAAGUUGUUCAGGAGAUGAAAGCGCCUGUGAUGAGGGCUUUGGACAAGAUCAAGUCCAUUGCUGGUAACUUUAAAAAUGUCUCCAACUGGUCACAAGGCUUCUUUACUGCCCUACAGGAGGGCCUGAGACGUAUAGGCCGAGACUUGAGAGCGGCGUGGUCAUACCUGUACAACAUGGGAACUAUCUGCAAUGAGGAGUUAGGGAACCCGAGCAAGAAAUGUUACCAGAAAUUCGAUACGGCCAAGCAGACUUGUACCGAUAAUGCCGGGUUGUUUGGCUUCGUCUGCGGCAUUAUAGACACAUUUCGGCCCCUGUGUGCACUGGCUGGAGUUCCGUGCAUGGGCCCCGACUUUGUUCAGACUCACGUCAGUCGACUGAAGGUGACGGCCGAUUCCGUCCUUAACAAGUUCAAGGAUCACUUUCUGUUUAAUAUCACUGUCAUCCACGACUUUGAUAUCAACGUCAGCGCCACCGACGUGAUCAACGUGGCAGAGCAGAUUAUGGACGAGGUGAACGCCAGUAUAGAGCCUUACCUGGAGAUUAUUGGACUGGCCCAGUAUUUUGUGCUCUUCUUCUGCCUUUACUCCUUCAUUCGGGCGGCGCUAUAUCGCAGGAAUUACCUGCUCAAUGACAAGCACGACAAUUUCUACAUCACUAAGAACUUUAUGAAGCUGAAUGAGCUGAGAGUGAAGACUGGUGCUCCCUCUCUGUUACCCCUGAACAUGAAGGAGCAAUCUCUCUACGUCUCACCUGUUUCCCUGAAGAUGACGUCAAUUGAGAAGAAGAUGUUGACCGGUUUCUUGGGGAUUGUGCCGUACAUAAUAGGCUCCAUCUUCAUCAUUGUGACAGAUUUCAGAGCCUACUUUUUGCUAGGGAAGGCACAUGAACAUCUCAGUGGCAAUAUAACGGUGACAGGUAAGAGGGUUACUAGUCUGCUCUUUCACAUUGGACAGGGAGGGGGCUGCCUAUAAGUGAGAGGUAAUAAUUUUUUUUC